AUGGUCUCAACCUACCAGAUGCCGACCUACUUCAGACCGAAUCCCUUGACCGUCGACACAAGUCAAGCGCAAAAGUACUACGAGGAGGAGGACCACAGCAUUCUGGACGAGAACAUCUUGGAUCACAGCGCACUCGACUCGGGCCUGGAAAUGUCGCCCCCCAUGGCCGACAGCCGCAGGGAAUCUUUCGCCGUCGGCGGCUCGCUCUUCUCCCCCAAGACGGAAGACUGGCAGUCAGUCGAGAUGCAGUCGGUGCCGUCCAACAACCCCUUCCACAUGGAGCAGCACAGCAACAACCCCUUCAUGCGCCUCGACCACGCCCAGCCCUCGCCCUUUGGCCCCCAAGGCAACGCCUGGUCCUUGAGCAACACCUCCGGCUCUUGCACUCCCCUGCAACAGUUCGACGGCAUGCCCGCGGAAUACGACAACAGCGCUCUGUUCCAAAGACCUACCGUCCAGGGCCAAACGCCCUUCACCAACCCCACCGGCCAGAUCAACAUGUUCGCCUCCAUCGGCUCAGGCAACCAGUCUAUCCCCACCUCACCGCAGAAGGGCUGGAUCGGUCAGUCAGAGUCCAUGGCGAAGAAGAUGCGCCCGGGGAGCCCCACCAUCCGCUCGCACAACGACAUGAGGAGAGGUGACGGCAUCCGGAAGAAGAACGCCCGCUUCGACAUCCCCGCCGAGCGCAACCUCAGCAACAUCGAUCAGCUCAUCGCCCAGUCCACCGACGAGCAGGAGAUCAAGGAGCUCAAGCAACAAAAACGUCUCUUGAGGAAUCGUCAAGCAGCUCUCGACUCUCGCCAGAGGAAGAAGCAGCACACUGAGCGCCUCGAGGAUGAGAAGAAGCAGUUCACCGCCGUCCUCACCGACAUGGAGGAGGAGAUGGCCGAGAUGAGGCAAAAGAUGGAGCAGCUCCUGAGGGAGAAGCAAUUCCAACAGGAGUACAUCGAGUCUCUCACCAUGGAGAAGGAGGAGAUGAUCCGCACCCACACCAUCGAGACUGGCGAGCUCCGCAAAAAGGUCAGCGUCCUCACCGACCACGUCCAGCGCCUCGAGAACGCCGCCAUGGCCGCCCCUCCCAGCAACGCCUUCGUCUCCGGCUACGACGACAUGGACGGCAUGACCAUGCCCGGCACCUGGGACAACGUCAACUUCCUCGGCGAGUACCCCAUGGAGCAGCAGCAGCAGCAGCCCGAGGUCAAGCAGGAGCUCCAGGUCGUCCCCGCCAAGAAGGCCGAGGUCCCCUUCCCUGUCGACGCCGACAAGCCCUCCUCCUCCCAGGGCGGCAUCCUCUUCAUGCUCUUCCUUGUCGGCGCUUUCGUCCUCUCCAGCCGCUCCACCCCGGCCAUCCCCCGCGUCUCCGAGGACGUCCGCGCCGAGGCCGCCACCCUGCUCGAGAACGUCUUCAAGGACGCCGGCGUCAACGAGGCCUCUAACACCCUCAACGCCGUCGCUCCCCAGCCCUCCGGCUCAUGGGUUGUCGACCAGGCCUCCGUCAGCCUCGGCGGCGAUGCCACCAUGUCCGGCGUCGCCCCCUCCAUGCUCGGUCAGCUCGGCGAUUCCCUCACCCAGCCCACCGAGGAGCAGGCCAACGAGCAGCUCUUCGGCCUGUCCGCCGCCCAGUACAACGGCGUCAGCUCCCAGGACUUCCUCAGCAACGGGCCCACGCCCGCCGAGCGCGCCACCAGCCAGGGUCGCAGGAACCUCGCCGACGCCCUCGCCGCCAUGCGCAACUCCAACAAGCAGUCCGCCGCCGAGGUCUACACCAGAUCGCUACUGUGGGACCAGAUCCCCAGCGAGGUGGUCAGGAAUUUCGCCAAAAUGGUGUCCGAGUCCAACAAGAUUGGCACUGACGAAUAA